AUUUACACGGGGAAAACAUGGCUGCCUCCAUGUGAUACAAGUAACUUUGCAUUUGACAUUGAGUAUGUUUUAUUUCGAAACUCAGAUUCCUAUUGUCAUUGAUUUGCGAGAGUCAGUAUGACGUCAAGACUAAGAAACAUCAUAGCAGAGAAUUUUAGGCGCCCACAGAAAGGCCUAGUGGGGAAUUUUGUUUCGAAGUUUGUGUUUGACAAGAACAACGUGUACCUGGAGCAGAACGCUGCCCGACUGAGUCGCAUUCAGCCACAUCACAGAGUGCUGGAGGUUGGGUUCGGAACCGGACAUGGUUUGCAGGAGGCCUACGAGUAUGUCAAAGAUGGCACAGGGAUGAUAUAUGGCAUUGAGUAUUCUGAACUGAUGCUGAAGAAGGCAAGUCGUCGGAUGAAGCAGGAGAUUCAGCACGGGAAGGUCGACCUGUGCAUGGGCUCUGUGAGCCAGCUGCCUUACAACACCGACAUGUUUGACAGCGUCUUCCACUGCAACAGCUACUACUUCUGGCCCGACCUGAAGGUCGCCAGUCAGGAGCUCUAUCGAGUGAUGAAGCCGGGGUCAACAAUGGUGACGACCAUUAACCUUGACAGGAUCCGUAGGGCACAGAGUAAAGGAUUCAUGAAAUAUGGUUCCCCGGAUCCCGUGAGGUUCAUGUGGAUGCUGGAAGAAAGUGGUUUUGAGGAUGUUAAGCUGGAGUACUUGUCAGAUGGAGACAAAAAAUUUGAGGCCAUAUUUGCCCGAAUUCAUGAGAAACCUGCUUAUGAUGAAGACUUUGAAGAGGAAGUUGCAGAGUUUGGCGAUUUACAAGAUGAAGCCAAGCCGUAUUUUGCUGACAAGGUGAAAGGACAGCUUGAACCUUCUGUGUCAUGACCUUUGUUUGGGUGAAAAGGUCAAGGAUAUUCGAGUGAUAAAGAUUAACUCAAUUUUGAAUGAAGAUGCUUUCUGAGUAGACAAUAAUGUAUGGUGAUUGCAAAUGAGGUACUUGGCUUUAUGUUUCAAUAACAUGGUUAGAUAUUUGUCAGCCACAAAUACACCUGCCUCUCUUCAACCUGGUCCACGUCAUGGCCAAAUGAAUCAAUGGCCUUUCAGUUGAGGAGACAACUUGUACUUACAGACAUUGGAGAAUGUAUUGUGACAUUGUGCAUCUAUUGCUGUAUAUAUGUCGGACUCGACCUAUGCCAGGUCACUGUUCUUGGCCGACUUUUUAUGACAAAUGACAUUUAAAAGAUACGCAUGACAUCUUUCCUCAAUGGUCUGGCUCCAGUUCCAGGGAAGAUCUAGAUGCUGUAACUGGUGCCCUGUGUGAUACCAAGACAUAGCCUCUGUGUAUUAGGGUAGUAAUCAUCUGCUAGAAUGCUUUCAUCAUAAAAUCUGUCUUAGCAGACGGUGAGUUUUUAUCAGUGCAAA